UUCCUCCCUCCCUCCUUCCCUCCCUCCCUCCCUCCUCCCUGCUCCUGUCUCUGUCACUCAUGGGCAGCCAGGCCAGGCCGGGGCAGCCAUGGCUGCAGCAGUAAUCUGGAUUCCUCUCCUUGUGGGUCUCCUGGCAGGGCUGGGGGACACCGAGACCCAGCAGACCACCCUGCACCCGCUUGUGGGCCGCGUCUUCGUGCACACCUUGGACCACGAAACCUUCCUGCACCUUCCCGAGCAUGUCGCUGUCCCACCCACCGUCCCUGUCACCUACCACGCCCACCUCCAGGGACACCCCGACCUGCCCCGGUGGCUCCGCUAUACCCAGCGCAGCCCCCACCACCCCGGCUUCCUCUAUGGCACCCCCACACCAGAAGAUCGCGGACAGCAGGUCAUCGAGGUCAUAGCCUACAAUCGGGACAGCUUUGACACCACCCGGCAGAAGCUCUUGCUGUUGAUUGAGGACCCUGAAGGCCCCCCGCUGCCAUACCAGGCUGAGUUCCUGGUGCGCAGCCAUGACGUGGAGGAAGUGUUGCCCUCGUCGCCUGCCAGCCGCUUCCUCACUGCCUCGGCGGGGCUCUGGGAGCCGGGGGAGCUCCAGCUGCUCAACAUCACCUCUGCCUUGGACCGUGGGGGCCGCGUCCCUCUUCCCAUCGAGGGCCGCAAGGAAGGGGUGUACAUCAAGGUGGGCUCUGCCUCACCCUUCUCCUCCUGCCUGAAGAUGGUGGCGUCCCCCGACAGCCAUGCUCGCUGUGCCCAGGGCCAGCCUCCACUUCUGUCCUGCUAUGACACCUUGGCACCUCACUUCCGUGUUGACUGGUGCAAUGUGUCCCUGGUGGAUAAAUCAGUGCCAGAGCCUGCAGACCAGGUGCCCACCCCUGGUGACGGGAUACUGGAGCAUGACCCGUCCUGCUCGCCCACCAAGGCCACAGCCCGAGACUUCCUGACUGACGCACUGGUCACCCUCCUGGUGCCUCUGCUGGUGGCCCUGCUGCUCACCCUGCUGCUGGCUUAUGUCAUGUGCUGCCGGCGGGAGGGACGGCUGAAGAGAGACCUGGCCACCUCUGACAUCCAGAUGGUCCACCAUUGCACCAUCCGCGGGAACACGGAGGAGCUGCGACAGAUGGCAGCUAGCCGAGAGGUGCCCCGGCCACUCUCCACCCUGCCCAUGUUCAAUGUGCGCACAGGCGAGCGGCUGCCUCCCCAAGUGGACAGCGCUCAGGUGCCCCUCAUCCUGGACCAGCACUGAGGGCCCACACUGAGGCCCCGCCCAGUGCCAGCCCUGGCCUCGUCCUCCCUUCUCUCCCUACUCACAGAGCAGCCACAGCCCACGGGCACACCCUUCCUCCUGAUUCCGGCUCCCAGCCCGACGGACCCCAGGCUUGGAAUGAGCAGAGAGAUGGGGAUGGGGCAGGGAGAGGGUCGCCCAGAAUAAAUACCUGCUGCUCUGCUCC